GCAUUUUCCGCUUGAAGCUAUGCAAACCGGCGGGCAAGCGCCAGAUGACGGCGUCGGGAAAGCGUAAUUCGUUCUCCUUUGCCUGAUCGGGAUACCUCUCCCACACGAUGAAUGAGCCCCGCGCUGCUAGCGCCACCACGACCACAACUCGUAUCCGAGGACAGGCUAGUAUGUCGCGAUAGUCGAUAGAGCUGACAGAGUAUAAAGAUGGAGGCUGAGAUAUUGUUUGAAGAGUACUGCCAUCACGCUCUUAUCCUUUGACCUAUUAGAUUGAGAUCUCGACGCAAUGGCAGCAUCAAAGCCAUCAUACCUCAUCGUUGGAGCCGGUGUCUUCGGAGUUUCCACCGCGUACCACCUUAUCAAGAAGUAUCCUGAUCGCCAGGUUACAAUCCUCGAUCAGGAUGCGUACGAUGCAGAUAACCGUGUAGCCGCCUCUUGGGACUGGAACAAGGUCGUGCGCGCUGACUACGACGACAUCGUCUACACCGAGCUUGCCCUCGAAGCACAGGACGUGUUCAACUCGGAUCCCCUGUGGAAACCAUACUUCCACCAGACCGGCAUCUUCUGGGUGUGCCGCUCGAACUACGCUCAGGAUGUCAUCAACAACUACAAGAAGCUUGGUCGCGCGGCAGACUUGAAAGCAGUAUCCGUCGGAGAGGCAAAGAAGCUGUUCGGAGGACUUUUCGAGGAUGCAAACUACGACGGCGCGAAGGAAGUGCUUGUCAAUAAGACGAGUGGGUGGUCAGAAGCUGGCAAUGCGCUGAGAGCAGUGACUAAGUGGUCGCUCGAGAAGGGCGUCAAGUACGUUGUCGGCAAGGCUGAGAGUCUGGAAAUCGGCAACAACGGCACUUGUACUGGCGUCAAGACUGAGAGUGGGAAGACGCUAUCCGCAACCAACGUCAUUCUGUCGACCGGAGCCUACACCGGCAAGUUGCUGGAGCAGGCUGCAAAGAAGAGCGGGAACAACCAGCUGCGUGCCGGGCACAGAAUUGUCGCUGGUGGCAUCACCACAGGUAUGACUACUCUCGACGAGAAGUCAUACGAGCGCUUCAAGCACAUGCCCGUCGGUGUUCAGGGUUACAAUGCUCAGAUUGGACCUUUCAUCGGCAGCUUGCCUCCCACCAAGGACCGCGAGCUCAAGUGGUGGGGAGAGAAAAUCUUCAAGAACACACAUGAAGUCCUGCCCGGCAGCUUCAUCUCUGCGCCACCAUCUGGAAAGGACUACAAUCAAUGGAACGUGCCCGGGCCGCUUAAGCUGGAUAUUGACCACGCAAAUGAUGUUUUCUAUGGCAAGAACGGCGCGAACUGGAAGAUGGACAAGCACCGAAUCUGCUGGGACGCAUUCACAACAAGCUCCGACUUUAUCAUCUCACCGCAUGCGGCAGCAAAGGGUCUGUACGUUGCUACAUGCGGCUCGUUCCACGGCUACAAGUUCUUCCCCGUGCUGGGCAAGUAUGUUGUGCAGAUGUUGGAGGACGGUCUGAGACCAGACUUGAAGGAGAAGUGGGCCUGGGAUCGCGAGAGGCCUUCUCCAUCUCUGAACCCUGACUGGCCAAGGUUCGAGAUGACCGAUCUCUUGGACCAAUGGCCGAAGGCGAAGUUGUAAGAAGCGAGUUUGGCGAGAGCUCUAGGCGUGUGCAUUUUAACAUUGAUGCGCGGCGUUCGGGAUUAUGAGUCGGUCUUUGGUUUAGACAUACGAGCAGCAUGGCAUUAGAUAACAUGAUCAAUAAUUCUGACAG